GGCAAAUUUGACAUUCCAGCGCUGGCAACGACGACCCACAACAACGGCAAGCAAGCAAGAUGGCGGACGAUGACAAGCACCACCAGCAACACACACACCACCACCAACACCAGCAGGAGGAGCAGGAGGAUAAGCGCGUGUGGUGUGCAACAUGUGGGCGGUACGAGGUGCCGGGAGAUCCUGGCCCUGCGGUGAUUCGCGUGGGCAGCGCCCCACCGCCGCUCAGUCACCAUCAGCAGCACCGACAGGGGUACCCGUCUGACAUUCCACCACACGAAUUCUACAAGCAUUACCCGCAGUACCUGCUCCAGCACUCGCGUCACUUGCGAGGAGGCCACGUGCACUUGCAAGUGGUGCCCUCAAUGAGUGACCAGCACCCCACAAGCACAGGUCGGGCCAGUGGCGAUGCCCCUGCCGCCCACGACGACACAGAGAGCAGCACCGUGGAUGAGGAGCGCAGCCUGAUUGGAAAGCCAUCACUGGAAGUCAUCAGCCAGCCUCCAUUGCUGCCCACCUUGGAAGACGAUGCCCUCACGUGCCUCUCCUACGUCAAUCGCACCAACGAAGUGCUGCGAAACUUCCAGAGCAACGUGGCUGUGAUGCUGCGCCAGGCUGGCGCUGAGCACCAGAGCGAGGCCCUGUUCCGGUUCGUGCCGCCACAGCUCGGAAUCGCCGCCCAGCAGCUGGAGUCGCUGCGGAGAGAGGCAGAGACACAGCACCUUCAGGUGCGUGUGGCCCCAGAACUUGACAAGCUGCUGCACAUCUGCGUGGAGCUUCUGAGCCGAGUGCAACAUGGAUUCCAGCGAGCCCUGGAAGCGUUGCUGGCGCAGGACAAGAAGCUGAUCCAGGAUUUGGCGACAGAGAACGCGGAGCUGCGGGACACUCUCCAACGGCAAGCAGAGGAUAUCGAUGCUCUUGACGCAAAACUGUAUGCUGAGCAACAGCGGCACAGCGAGGUGCUGUACAUGUGGCCGUCAAUGUCCAACGACGCGCUUGUUGCAAACAAGAUGCGCGAUCUUCAGCGCGCACACAGACAGCUGCAGACAGCGCACGAGGAAGCCCUGACGGAAUUGAGUGAACUGCGACGCGAGAACAGAGAACUGAAGAAAACAGCAACAGCAGCAGCAGCGGCAGCAGCAAAUGGUGGCGGGGGUGUGACGGACACGUACAGUGUGGGCAGUCACAAUGAGGGUGUUACUGGCACACCAGCAAGAGGUCGACAAAAGGGUGCAGAUGCAAGUCGUUUGAUUGCUGGCAACAGCAGUGGCGGUGGUGGUGGCGAUGGUGACAAUGGCAGUAGUGGUGGUGGUGGUGGGGUACGUGCACCCCAUGCUGCCGCCGCUACAAAGCCGAAAGGAACGACUAUUGUACAUGUGCCUGGAACCAACAUUGGUGCUGAUGGCGAUGGCGAUAAUGAGGAGGAAGAGGAUGUUCACACCGCCGUCAAUGUGUUCCGAGGCGUGACGGGAAGCGGACUUGGGAUAACAAGCAACAUCGGGCCAUCGUCGUCUGGCGUGUUUGAGUCGUCGGCGUCGCGUUCGUUCUCGUCAUAUUCGCAAACGGCCGCUAAUCGCCUUGCAAAGAUCCCAGACCUCAAGCUUGCGUGCUUGUUCCAGAUGUACAUUGCCCACCACCGCGCCAAGGACAUGGCGGACACGGCUGGACAGGAGUUCCGGCUGGUUCGUCGGCGCCUUGAUCUUGCGCAACAUCGCAUCCACCAGUGGAAGGACAACAAAAUUGGGGAUUGGGGCAUUCGCUUGCAGCAGCUUGCUGCCAUCCAGGACCAGCUGUCGCUCCUCGUCGCCGCCAUUCAACCAGCGGACAGCGGCACCUCCGUCCCGCAAACGGAUGUGUCAGAGACCACCGGUGCUGGAACGAGCCCCUCUGGCACGACGCUUGCAACUGCUCACAGCAGCGCGACGUUUGGGUCUGUAUCGCCCGGCGCGAGCCACGAGUCUGUGAUGCGUUCUCGAUUCGGCGGUGGCCGCAUGCGCAGGCGAAGCACCCUGACGUUUGGGGAGGCGAGCGACAAGUACUGGUCGGCGAGCAUCACGUCUGGUCUUGAGUCCACAGUCGACAGCUCGUGGCUCGUCACACCGCACUCCCUCGUUCUUCAGGCCACCAGGGCACACAAGGGGCCUAGUUUGGUGCCGACGGAGACAGACGGAGCAUCACACCAUGCGGGCGGACACGACGCAAAAAACAGCAGCAGCGACGGUGCUGGUCACGGUCACGCUAGUAGCAGCAUGGGAAGCAGGAAGGACAGCAGCAACAGCGGUGGUGGUGAUGGCGAGCCAGCACGCAAGAGUGGUAGCAAGGGCACCGCCCCCUCAACCCCAACAGCAUCAACCCCCGUCACCACCGCCUCUACCACGACGACGACGACGACGACGACGACGACGACGAUGACUGCAGCGAGUGCAGUUGCAGCACCUUUGGGUGCAGCGCGACCAGGGCGACCGCAGCUCUCGUCUCGCUCGCGACUGCACACACCAACAACACCAACAACACCAACAACAACGGCGGCGACGACGACGACGAUGGCAACUUCCAUGACAGCACAGCCAUUGUCGCAACCAUUGUCGCAGCAGCAGCAGCAGCAGCAACAACAACAACAGCGUGGUGGCACGCCCAUUCUGUCUCGGUCGAUGCCGCUAUCACCGCACCCCAACACCGCAGCGAGCAGGGCGGGCGCCAGCACGACCACAAGUGGCAGCAGUGGCGGUGGCGGUGUGAAUGCGAAUGUGUUUAUGCAGGCGUUGAAUGAGAUUUCGCAACCGGCGCAUCGGUCCUUGAGUCCGACUGCAGCAACUCGCACGCGCGAUCUCAAACUCCCGCCCCUCUAGCUUAGACAACAGCGUGUGUGUGUGUGUGUAUGUGUGU